GAAAAAGAUAUUUCGCUUUAUUUAAAAAUAAAAAAAAAUCCCUCGCUUUUUGGGGAGUAGGGUUUCGCCAUUGGAGAUUCAGCACUUUCUUUCUCGGAAGGGGGCUUUUCCGGUGACCGGAAAUGGCCUCCGAGGGGAUGGGGAACGGGUUAAGCCCGGCAAUCGUGUUCCACGACGAUGGGGCCGCGGCCUUUGGAUCAAGCCGGAAAACCGCCCCUGUUGGCGCUUUUGUGGACCAGAAGUUGUUUUCCGAUGAUCGGGAACGUUAUUUUCGCGGGCAGAGUGAUUUCCGACGGGGCAUGUUCUGCUCGGAAGAGGAGCGUCGGAGCGGGGCGUCUGGCAGCGGCCAGGAGGUCGGUCAAAGCAGGCGUUCCGACGGGCGGGAUUGGCGCCAGAGGGGUGAAUCGGACUGUGACGACGACGAUGAUGAGGAUGAGGACGACGACGAGGACGACGAGGAGGAUGACGACGGGGGAGAAGGGGAAAUGGAGGCGUUGGUAAACGGGAAAGGAGGGAGCAAGCCGAUGCUGCCGGGGAAUGACGGCGGCAAGGACACAAAUAUUCACGUUAGUAGUAACAAUGGAAAUGGUGGUGGUGAGAAUAGUACUAGUGGUGGCAGUUUACUGGGUGUUUCAGAGAAGGGUCGCGAGGGGAAUUUAGAGAGGGAAAACGGCGGGAACAAGGGAAAUUCAGAGAAACACCUUCCUCCUUUUGGUAUGGGAAGAGGAGGGCUGGGGAAGGAUCCUACUGUUACAAACAGUGCUGCAGUGGGUUUAAAUGAAUGCCAACCAGGUAGACCUGAUGAUUGUAGUUCAACGCGCUAUAAGAAUGCAGUUACAGUUGCUGAACCGGAUAGUUACUAUCCACAUAUUUUGCAAGGAACCAGUAUCUCUUCAGCACAUAAAGAAGCCGGAGGGGAGAAUGGUUGUGGAUUCAAUGGGAGAAAAGAUGCGCCAUUGUCUGGUGAACCAGGGGAUUCUUUGAGGGCUAUUCUUUCUGAUCCACUCACAGGUGCUCUCAUGGAUGAUGCAAUGAUACUACCUUGUGGUCAUUCAUUUGGCAGUGGUGGCAUACAACAGGUUCUUAGAAUGCAAGCUUGCUAUACCUGUGGACAAGCCAUUUCUGCUGAUUCUGUGGCACCAAAUCUUUCUCUUCGUUCUGCCGUUCAGGCCUAUCGACGCGAGGAAGAGUUUCAAUUAUCAAAAGCAUCUAAAAGAAGAAGGGAAAGAUUUGAACAGGAAAAGGGUAGUUUUGGUGAACUUCUUUUGGAUGGUUCAAGAAGCAGAGGUGUUCAGUUUCCAUUUGCUGUCAGUGAUCGGGUCAUUAUUAAGGGAAACAAGAGAACUCCACAGCGGUUUGUUGGACGAGAGGCUGUUGUGACAACCCAGUGCUUAAAUGGAUGGUACGUGGUUAAGACACUCGAUAAUGCAGAAAGUGUGAAAUUACAGUAUCGUUCUCUGUCAAAAGUUGGGACUCGUCCUCCCUCUAAUGGAAUGUCAAGUAAGGCUGUGGCGGUGGUUCCAAACUGGCUCUGACUGUACAUAGUUUGCAACUCCAUCGGCAGUGUGAUUAUGUAAAAUAGCCCACGUUUCCUGUUCUCAUAUGUGGCUUGAUCAUCAAUGGCCUUGUAACGUUUAUGUUGAGAUGUUAGAGCAGGAAUUGAAGAAACAGAUAACAUGCAGAAAAAGGCACUACGCUUAAUUAGUAUGUGGCAACAAUCUCAUGUAGCUUCAUGAUUCCAUGUGUCCAUGGCACGGUUGCCAAUUCCUUUCAAGUUGUCGAGGUGCCUGUGUGUACUGUUUUGUCUGUACAAAGGAGAUCGUGUUGUAACUUUUCACUGCUUAGUAAAUUUAUGCAAAAUUCUUACAGAAAA